AUGAAUCCAAUUAUCAAGAAAUAUCGCUUGAGGCUAAGGAAAACAGAACGGGACUCUACCACUGGCUAUGUGUUUCGCAUCAUCCGAAUUGUCAUUCUACUGUCGCUCUGGACCGGAUCCACGAUCAUCCUGUUUCUCCACAAGCCUGAGGAGCUCGCCACUUCGAUGGUGACCGUGAUGCCCAACAAGACGGCCCUCCGGAAUGUUAAGAUGAAGCAGGACUCCGUGGAGAUACGACUGAAUGGGGCCAUAAAUGCGUAUCUGACGAACCACAGGGUUAGGACAUCCAACUUUUCGGCUGUUGCAGUUCGAUUGGAGUGGCGCGAUCGAGGGAUGAACCGCAGCCUUUGGCGCACUGGCAUGUGGAUGGUGUACAUGUACACGGAUAAGAAGAAGUACCUGCAGGUUCAUAGGGUCUUUCAGUUCUCCAUUUCGGGAUGGCAACAUGAGAGGUCCCUGAUCCAGCGUACUUUGCCAAAUGAUCGUUCUCUUGAGAGCUCCGUCUAUGACUGGGCCUUUGCGCAGACGGUGAUCUCAUUCGAGAGCAUGAGCAAGGAUCCGGUGGGUCUGCUCUUGACGGUGAACAGCACUCCGUUGAAGCACGGACUGGGUAUACUGUAUGCCGCCCUCCUGGUCAUUGGUCUAUAUGCCAUUAUCAUCUGGGACUUUUCGGACCGUAUUCUGAGCACUUUGCUUAUAACAGCUAUGUCCCUGGCCCUGCUCACCGUUUUGGGGAACAGGCCCACUGUGGAAACGAUAGUGAGUUGGGUGGACUGGGAGUCCAUGAUGAUCCUGCUGGGCAAUAUGGUAAUAACAUCGCGCAUGGCAGAUACAGGCUUCUUUGACUACCUGGCCGUGGUCGCCUUUCGCAUCUCCAAGGGUCAUGCCUGGCUGCUGAUCGGCCUUUUGGGAUUCUUCGUGGGAUUGACCUCGACUUUUGUGGACAAUGCCACCGUGGUGCUUCUCUUCUGCCCACCCGUCAUUCGACUAUGCGAGGUGAUGGACUUGAGGACCACCUUGGUGCUCAUCAUCGUAGCAAUCUAUGCAAAUAUCGGAGGAUCCAUUACCCCAGUGAGUGGGCCACCCAAUACCAUCAUAGCGACCAAUAAGAUGGUGGAGUCCGCAGGAAUAAAUUUUGUUCGUUUCUCGAUACUCAUGCUCCCGACUGCUUUGAUCUGUCUGGCGUCUACCUUCGGCCUAAUCUACUGGACCAUGGAUAAGAAGAUCUACAUCCUGGACGAACAUCAGUUGAAUCUUGCAAAGAAGCGGCGAGAAAAUAUCAGAACCUCAUUUGAUAUCCAGCUGAGGAUCGCCGAACUGCGAAGACAGCCAAGGAGCAGGAUGAUCCCUCCGGCUGAGGGCUACUUCGUGACCCUGGCAACCUUGGAGGCGAGCAAUUUUGUCCGCAAGAAGGUGCUGCUGGUGGAAUCCCUCCUGGCCCUGGGCUUUGCCGCCUUCUGCUUCAUUCUGCAAUCGGUUCCCUGGGCCAUUCCCGGAGCCUCUCUGGGCUGGAUAUCAAUUUUGUCCGCCUUUCUGCUGCUCAUCCUGAUCGACCAGAAGGAUAUCGUCAAGGUCAUGGCCAGCGUCGAGUGGGGCAUCAUGCUGCUUCUCGCCUCUCUCUAUAUUCUCACCAUGGUCGUCGAUGAACUGGGCCUCAUCCACUGGCUGGGCUCCCUGGUGCUGUCCGUGAUCCUCCGAGUGGACGAGUCAUACCAGACCAUGGUCGGCAUGCUCCUGAUCCUCUGGCUUUCGGCCCUGCUCUCCGCCUUUAUCCACAAUGCGGCGGUGGCCCCCAUCAUGGUGAAACUCUGCACUGACAUGGUCGUAUAUGACGAGGGCCAGAUACGCCUACUGCCGCUCAUCUGGGCCACGAGCAUGGGCACCAGCUACGGUGCCAAUGGCACUCUCUUGGGCUCCCUGGCCAACGAGUUCGUCGCGGUGGUGGGCAAAGCUCAUGGCUACAAGAUCACCUUCAGGUCAUUCUUUGUGGUUGGAUUCCCUAUCAUGCUCUUCACCGUUGUCAUCUGCUCGAUUUUCCUAAUUAUUGCCCACUCAAUUUUUGAUUGGCAUUAG